AAGGGAAAGAGGAACAGUUCAAAGCUUCCCCUUCGUUCCAUGGCGGUCCUGUAGAACUUGAAAGUGCUCCCGGGACCCCUCCCAAUCAACGGAGGCUGCAAACGGGGCAAUCAGGAAUUCCCUUUCCUUCGCCUUCCAUUCAUCCUCGGAAUUGGUCAAUCGGCGAGCCACGGGCUGCCGCGCAUUUGAUUGGUCUCGAGGGACCGUCUUGAUGAGAUCGCCAUCGUAUCGGAGGGUCUGAAUGGUGUUGACUAGGUUUUGGUAAAGCUCAGCGCCUCAAAAUUCGCAAGUCCUCGAGCAAAUUUCUAGAGAUACUUCUUCUUCGGUUUGACGAUGGCAGCCAUGGGAGGAGGCGUGACUCAGGGCCAGCCUCACCCUCCGCAGCUGCAACAGCAGCAGCAGCCGCCACCACAGCAGCCGCCGCAGCAGCCGGCUGUGGAGGCCCUGAACGCGGCCGUGCAGCAGCAGCUGAAUCUCGAGCACGUCAAGAUACGCGCCAUUAGCCUCUUCAAGGCCAUCUCUCGGAUUCUCGAAGACUUUGACGCUUAUGCUCGCACCAACACCACGCCUAAAUGGCAAGACAUUCUGGGCCAGUAUUCAAUGGUAAAUCUGGAGCUUUUCAACAUUGUAGAUGAGAUAAGGAAGGUUUCAAAGGCUUUUGUCGUCCAUCCAAAGAAUGUCAAUGCGGAAAAUUCCACGAUUCUUCCGGUUAUGCUGUCCUCGAAGCUACUGCCUGAGAUGGAGAUUGAUGACAACUCAAAGAAAGAGCAGUUACUCCAAGGGUUGCAGAACUUGCCUGUUGCCUCGCAGAUUGAGAAACUGAAGGCUAGAAUAGACAUGAUUGCAGCUGCCUGUGAAAGUGCUGAAAAGGUGCUUUCUGAUACCCGUAAAGCGUAUGGUUUUGGUACUCGUCAAGGUCCCACUAUCACUCCGACUUUGGACAAGGCUCAGGCUGCCAAAAUCCAAGAGCAGGAGAAUUUACUUCGAGCUGCUGUAAAUCAUGGAGAAGGUUUAAGAGUAUCUGGAGAUCAAAGACAGAUCACACCUGAUCUUCCAAUGCAUCUAGUAGAUGUGCUCCAUGUGGGUGAUGGCAUGCAAAAUGUGGUUGACGCUUCUGGUAAAAAUAGUAUGUACCAAAGGAAUACCCCUCUCCAAUCUAACACUUUGACUGCUCAGAAUGCUUUGUUACAGGCUACAGGAGCACAACUCAUGGGAAGGUCUGCUGCUUCUCCUUCUGCCGGGACUUCCUUCGACAAUACAACAGCAUCUCCACUGCCAUAUGCCAACUCUCCUAGGUCCGGAACAAACAUGAAUACACCAUCUCCUCAACAACAGUCUCAGCAGCAGCAGCAGCAGCAUCAUCAGCAUCAACUGCUACAGCAGCAACAGCAGCAGCAACGGCCAAAAAUGAUGCCAUUGUCACAGCAUCCACAGCAACUUCUCACUCAACAACAGUUCAGGCAAUCUGCAAUGCCAGGACUGGGACAGCUACAUGGACAGCCCCAGAUGCAACAGUUUUCUCAGGCUCUGGGCACCCAUCAGCAAUUUCAGGGAAGGCAGAUGGCUUCAGGUAUCGGUCAAAGCCAGCUCGGUCAAGGAAACCCGAUGACCCGUCAUCUAAGCCAGUUCUCCAGCGCUGCUAACAGUGCAUUGUUUAAUGCAGCUCAGACUACGCAAAACACGCAGAUGAUUCCUAACAUGUCAGGGACAAUGCCAUCGCAGUCUCUUUUGCAGUCAAGGAUGCAGAGGACUCACCCAUCCCAACUUCUCAACGACCAAAUGUUCAACAUGGGAGGGGCCAACCCAACUGGUAUGCUCCCGAUACAGCAACAAGGCACUUCACAGAGUGCAUUCGGUAAUAUGCAGCAGCCGAAUGCUCAGAGUUUGCAGGCUAAUAUGGUAGCCCUUCAGAACAAUCCCCAGAAUCACCACCCCAAUUUUUCACAGCAGAGGCCACAGAAUCAACAGUGACGCAUUCAAUUUUCUUCGAGAAAAACAAAAUUAACAGAGAGAUUGGUGGUCCUGAAUAGAGUCUGGCAGCAUCAGGAAAUUUUUUGCGAGUCCAAAUUAAGUUGAUCAUUCUUUAUGUCAAGAUAUGUGAUUCUCUGCUGUUUUAGUCAGCUCAAGUUGAUCGAAAUUGGACUUGGACUUGGUACGUUGUGUAUUUUAUAGUAUUGAAUUUGAGAGAGUGGAUCGGCCUGGUAGAAAUGUAGUGGUUUCAAUUGUGGCAAGCAGAGGAUUUAUGCAUCUUUGACAAACUAUCGACUCAUUUUCGAGCGCCAUGUACCGUUCCCUUAUAUGUGAGAUUGGAAGUUAGUCA